GCGAAGCCGGGCGGCGCAGGGAUCCGGGCCGCGGUGCUGAGGCCGUCUGUCAGUCAGCGCGGCGGCGCCGGGACGCGGCCGGGGCGCAGCCGGCAGAAGGCGGCGCGGGGAGUACGCGCGGCUAACGGAGCCGGAGGGCGGCCGGCAGCGGGGAGGAGCGGCGAAGGAAGACGCGGCGGGGGGGGUAAAAAAAAAAAAGAAGAAGAAAAAAAGAAAAAAAUUAUAAAAGAAGCGAGCUGCGUUUCUUCCGUACUGCAGGAAAAGGCUAUUUCACGAGCGGUUGCCUCUCGCCCAGCCGGCUGCGAUGCUGCUAGCCACCGUGCUGCCCUGGACGUUGGUUUUGCUUGGAGCCGCAGCCUCACUACAAGUGGACAUUGUUCCAAGCCAGGGGGAGAUCAGCGUUGGAGAAUCUAAGUUCUUCUUAUGUCAAGUGGCAGGGGAGGCCAAAUACAAAGACAUUUCCUGGUUUUCCCCUAAUGGUGAGAAGCUGACGCCGAACCAACAGCGCAUCUCAGUGGUGCGAAAUGAUGACUUCUCCUCCACCCUCACCAUCUACAACGCAAACAUUGAUGAUGCUGGCAUCUAUAAAUGUGUUGUCAGUAGCGUGGAGGAGGGAGACUCCGAGGCCACCGUCAAUGUGAAAAUUUUCCAAAAGCUGAUGUUCAAGAAUGCUCCCACUCCUCAGGAAUUCAAGGAAGGGGAUGAUGCUGUGAUUGUGUGUGAUGUGGUCAGCUCACUGCCUCCUACCAUCAUCUGGAAGCACAAGGGCAGGGAUGUUAUCCUAAAAAAAGAUGUUCGAUUUAUAGUGCUGUCCAACAACUACCUGCAGAUCCGGGGCAUCAAGAAAACAGAUGAAGGGACAUACCGCUGUGAGGGCCGGAUCUUGGCUCGUGGGGAGAUCAACUUCAAAGAUAUUCAGGUCAUCGUAAAUGUACCUCCUUCUGUGCGCGCCAGGCAGAGCACCAUGAAUGCCACUGCCAACCUCAGCCAGUCUGUCACUUUAGCAUGUGAUGCUGAUGGCUUUCCUGAGCCAACCAUGACGUGGACAAAGGAUGGAGAGCCAAUAGAAGAGGCCAAUGAUGAAGAGAAGUACAGUUUGAACUAUGAUGGGUCUGAGCUCAUUAUCAAGAAGGUGGAUAAGAGUGACGAAGCAGAAUACAUCUGCAUUGCUGAGAACAAGGCUGGCGAGCAGGAUGCCACCAUUCAUCUCAAAGUCUUUGCAAAACCCAAAAUCACCUAUGUGGAGAAUAAAACAGCCAUGGAACUGGAGGAUCAGAUUACACUGACCUGUGAGGCAUCUGGGGACCCAAUCCCUUCCAUCACAUGGAAAACUUCCACCCGGAACAUCAGCAAUGAAGAGAAGGCUUCGUGGACCCGGCCCGAGAAACAAGAGACCCUGGAUGGGCGCAUCAUAGUACGUAGCCAUGCCCGGGUGUCGUCCCUGACUCUCAAAGAAAUUCAGUACACAGAUGCCGGAGAGUAUGUAUGCACAGCCAGCAACACCAUCGGGCAGGACUCCCAAGCCAUGUACCUUGAAGUGCAGUAUGCCCCCAAGCUUCAGGGCCCUGUGGCUGUCUAUACCUGGGAAGGGAAUCAAGUGAACAUCACCUGUGAGGUAUUUGCUUACCCCAGUGCUGUCAUCUCCUGGUUCCGGGAUGGACAGCUGCUUCCCAGCUCAAACUACAGCAACAUCAAGAUCUAUAACACUCCAUCAGCAAGCUACCUGGAGGUGACACCAGACUCUGAAAAUGACUUUGGGAACUAUAACUGCACUGCUGUGAACCGCAUUGGCCAGGAGUCCUCAGAGUUCAUUCUUGUGCAGGCAGAUACUCCGUCCUCUCCUUCCAUUGACAGAGUGGAGCCCUAUUCCAGUACUGCCCAGGUGGAGUUUGAUGAGCCUGAAGCUACCGGUGGGGUGCCUAUCCUCAAGUACAAAGCAGAGUGGAGGGCACUGGACGAGGGAGAAUGGCAUUCGAGGUUGUAUGAUGCAAAAGAAGCAAAUGUGGAGGGCAUGAUCACUAUCACUGGCCUGAAACCUGAAACAACCUACUCUGUGAGACUGUCUGCAGUUAAUGGCAAGGGCGUGGGUGAGAUUAGCCUGCCAUCCGACUUCAAGACACAACCAGUUCGCAUCCCUCACUCACCCACAUCGACAGACCUGUCUGCUAAGCCUCAUGUUCAUCACUUGGGGACAGAAGGGGAACCCAGCGCACCCAAACUGGAAGGUCAGAUGGGCGAAGAUGGAAACUCCAUUAAAGUGAAUGUUAUCAAGCAGGAUGAUGGUGGCUCCCCAAUUAGACAUUAUCUGAUCAAAUAUAAAGCUAAGCAUUCCUCAGAAUGGAAACCAGAGAUCAGACUUCCAUCUGGCAGUGACCAUGUCAUGCUGAAGUCCCUGGACUGGAAUGCAGAGUAUGAAGUUUAUGUGAUAGCUGAAAACCAGCAAGGGAAGUCCAAACCAGCUCACUACGCUUUCCGAACUUCUGCUCAGCCUACUGUCAUCCCAGCCAGCACUAGCCCUACAUCAGGCCUUGGGACUGCUGCCAUCGUAGGCAUUCUCAUUGUUAUCUUUGUGCUGCUCCUGGUGGCUGUGGAUGUCACCUGCUACUUCCUGAACAAGUGUGGCCUGCUGAUGUGCAUUGCUGUCAAUUUAUGCGGCAAAUCUGGCCCAGGAGCCAAGGGCAAAGACAUGGAGGAGGGCAAAGCCGCCUUCUCGAAAGAUGAGUCCAAGGAGCCUAUUGUGGAGGUGCGGACUGAAGAGGAGCGGACCCCCAACCAUGAUGGAGGAAAACACACAGAGCCCAAUGAGACCACCCCACUGACAGAGCCAGAGCACCCCGCCGAUACCGCAGCUACUGUUGAGGACAUGCUGCCUUCUGUAACUACGGGCACCACUAACUCUGACACUAUCACUGAAACCUUUGCCACUGCUCAGAACAGCCCCACCAGCGAGACCACUACGCUGACCUCCAGUAUUGCCCUGCCAGCCACAACCAUUCCUGAGUCAAACUCCAUGUCGACUGGCCAGGCUACUCCAGCCAAAGGGGCAGCCACCUCAGUCUCUUCGCCACCACCCUCCUCCACCCCCAAAGUGGCCCCCCUUGUUGAUCUCAGCGAUACCCCAAGCUCUACUCCGGCUACUAAUAAUUUGUCUUCAAGUGUCCUGUCCAACCAAGGUGCAGUGCUCAGCCCCAGCGCUGUUGCUAAUGUAGCUGAGACCUCCAAAGUGGCAGCUGGUAACAAGCCAGCUGCCGCAAGCCCUGCAAACCUCACUAGCCCUCCAGCUCCAUCCGAGCCCAAGCAGGAGGUCUCAAGCACCAAGAGCCCUGAAAAGGAAGCUGUGCAGCCCAGUACAGUGAAGAGCCCAACAGAGACAACCAAGAACCCAAGCAAUCUGAAAAGCGAGGCUGCUUCAGGCAGCACCACAAACCCCUCCCAGAAUGAGGACUUUAAAAUGGACGAAGGGACCUUCAAGACACCAGACAUUGAUCUUGCAAAGGAUGUUUUUGCAGCUCUUGGCACUACUACUCCUGCCAGUGUGACUAGCGGGCAAGCUCGUGAGCUUGCUUCUUCCACUGCAGACAGCUCUGUACCUGCUGCACCUUCAAAGACCGAGAAAAUCCCAGUAGAAGACAAAUCUGAAGUGCAAGCAACGGAAACUAAGACACCUCCAGCAGAAGUCAAGACGGUCCCCAAUGAAGCCACACAAACAAAUGAAAAUGAGAGCAAAGCAUGAUCAGCGACAGAUGAAAGCAAAUGACAGAACAACUUCACCCAAGCAUUUAAAACACAAAACACAACACACAUCUCAUUCCUCUAGUGUCUGUUGCCUUUUUUUAAGAAAAACAAACAAAACAGAAAAUGCAUAAAUAGGGGGAGGGGGGGAAUCUCUCUUUUUCUUUUCUUUUCUUUUCUUUUCUUUUCUUUUUUUUUUUAAAGAUUUCUAGAAAAGUUCUAUUUGUUGUGCACUUGCUUUUAAAAAGUAAUACAUUUUAAAAACAGGGUUAAACCCGUAACCAAAUCAGGGCUUAACUGACCCUGUGUAUAUUCAAAUAAGCAAAAUUGCAAAUACCAUUUGCAAUGUGGUUGGGAAGCUCAAAAUCAACUAGUCCUAGACGAGAAAAAAAAAAAAAAAAAAAAAAAGACCCUGUUCUUUCCUUCGUUAGUAUAGCAGAUAUAACCACUGUACUACUUGGUGCAGCUGGUACUUAAUGAACAAAGUCCACAAUUUAUUUUUAUACUUUUCAGUCGAGUUUGAAAUAUGUAAAGCCUCAUAAAUAAGUUAUAAUUUCUGUUCACCUUGUAUUUGUUCAGUAUGCAAAGUGUCUUGAGCUCUUUGUGACUGAAUUCUGUUUUCCACGUUAGACAUUUAUUUGGGGUUUAUUAUUAUCUUUUUUUAGGAAGAAUGCCAAAAUUGCAGCUUCGGGGAUAUAUUUCAAUUUGCAGUAUUCAGACUCUACAUUUCUUUAAAUUUUAUGUUAAUUUUUGCCAACUUUUGUUCUUUCCAGUGUUUACAAUUGACAAAUAUUUUUUUUUAACUUUUGUUGUGUUUAAAUGUAUGUGUAAAAUAGCUGCCUUUUUUUUUUUUUUUUUAGUAAAUACAGUCUAUAGAUACUAGGUUAGCAGCAUGCUUGCUUUGCAAAGGGAGACAUUUUAAAACAUGGAUGUUUACAGUAGUUGUUUCCCCUUUAUCUUUUCUUAAUUAUUGUUGUUGUUGUUAUUAUUAUUAUUAUUAUUAUUAUUAUUUCUUACUGGAGUAAGAAGAAAAGUAAUGCUGGGGUUUGGUUUGGGUUUUUUUGGGUGGGUGGGGGUAUUCAAACCAAUUGUCACCAGUCAAGGUCUUUAUCCAGCAAUCCGCAUAAACACACACUUAACUUGCAAUGAGAGAGUUGCUGGUGAGUCCUUCUAUACUUAAAUUUAGUACGAGUUUAAGUCCCUUGCUGGACCUGGGCCUGACUGCAUAAGAGAAAUAUCAUCUCUGCUUUUUUAGGACAUUCUCCCCUUUCCUUCAUAGAACCUUCCCGGAGCUUUGAGAAGCAGAAGGGAGAUUGUACAGUUAGGGCUGGUCUGGUCUCAUCUCAGAUGUUUGACUACAUCAAGUCCUCCUUCGUAUGUCAGUAAACACCAUUUCAUUUGACCCUAGAAAGGUAAUUUAAAAGCAAAGACUUUUUGCACAAGGGUGCUUGGCAGCAUGCAAGACGCCUCCUGCAAAGCUAGCUCCAUCAGCAGUUGGACUAGAUGAUCGUUGUAGGUCCCUUCCAACUGAACUAUUCUAUUCUAUUCUGUCACGUAUUGAGUUAUCCACCUAUGCUCUGCAGAAUCAAAACCAUGAAAUCAAGAGCAAGUGCUUGGAAAUCAAUGCCAAGAUUCCCAGUGAUUUCACUUGUCUUGGCAUAGUGUUGUCAACAGUUGGAAAAGGGGGCUGAUGUAGUACAUGUAUUAUCAUUAUGGAGAGGGCGAGCUUAUCAAUGGCAUUUAUCAUUGUGAGUCAUGGAGUAACACUGAGAUUUCUGGGGUGAAAAGAAAGGAGGCUUGAGCAGGAGGAAGGCAGAGGUAUAUAGGGAAAGACCAGCCCAUUGUAUAGAGAUGUUCCUUCUGUUGGGGUUUGGGGUUUUUUUUUUCUUUUUUUUUUUCUUUUGGUUUCUUUUUUAUUCUACUUUAGAUCUGCAAGCUUGUGCACUGUGGGUGCGUGACUAUUUUAGUGUGAAAUGUGUUUUUUGUCAUAGUAUUGAAAUAAUAAAAGCUUCAACAUAGUUUGGAUGUGGAAGGUGUAGCGAUAGUUCAGAUUUGAAAAAAGAAUAUUCAGGAAAAAAAAAAGAGAACAACUCUUACAAAGAACAGAAGCCUUUAAAUGAAAAGUCAAACUGAGCUGACUAUGGCAUUCCGUUGCGCUAAGGUGAUGAACAGAAGGAUGACGGGGCGUGGGUAGACUGCAGUUUGGCUCAGGUAAAUUGAGCCACUUUUAUCGGUGUAUUCUUCUAAGUAUGCAGUCUUUUACAGUAGCACCACAUAAUUUCAAACUGUGGAAAAAUAAUAGUCUUGUCAUUUGCUAAGUGUGGGGGUUUUUGCAUUUUUUCCUUAGCUCCUGGGAUGCAAAUGGAGGAUGACUGGAUACGCAGGCAUAGACACUCAUGCAAUACCCAUCCCAAGCCAGGAUAUCAGGGCAGAAUGUGUCCUCACUUCAAAGCCUUGUGUCAAAUUCGGCCCUUGCAUGACCCAUCACAGCAGUGUUGGUAUAACUAUGGGGAAGUUUGGCCCAUGGUCCCUAGGAUUUUUUUCCUAAGAAAUCAGUCCAUAAAAUGCAGCACAAAAAGGUCUGUCUACAGUUGGGGAGAGUCCUUGGGGCAGCAGAGGACUAGUGGGUAGGCAGUGUGUACCUCCAUUCCCGUGGAUGACCACAACUAUUUGUUUCUUAUUUCUGCAAUGUUUUUGACUGCUUUCGUCAUUUGUGUGUUAUACCUCCUAAGUUAUAACCCACUGAGAGCUGAGCAGCUGAUAGGAAACAAAUGCUGCACAAUGCUAAUGACCAGAAACAUGGCCAGUGACACUGGUCAGCACCUGUUGGGUGAAAAUUGUGGUAACUAUCACCUGGAUUGGCAUUUCUAUCAUAAAAGGUAACCAGCUCAAAGCCCUAUCCAACACCCAGCUGCAUCAUUAGAAAGUACCUUGCUGACUGCUGUGGGUUUGUGUUGAGAUCGAUGGAAUGAGCACCAUUCCAAGGCAGAAGUGAACCCUGUAAUUGCCUGAGCACUGGGACUGUCCAUCCAACUCCUUUUUAAUGCCAUCGUGACACUUCCCAAUACUUGUAGGUUAAUUCUGGAGAGUGGUUUUUUACUUGCCCUUAAUGAAAAAUAAAUUGUUUUAAUUUAAAGUACCCCGUUUCCAAGAUAGCUUAGGCUUCAUUGCUUUUAUUUAAACCUUUGAAGAGGGACCAACCUGAUGCCGUUUACGCUGUAUAUGUUUAUAUAUGUAUCCAUACCAUACAUAUAUAUCUAUAUGGCAAUGCAGAUUGAUCAGCUUCUAGUUGUGGAGUGAUUACAUUUCAUGCUGCGCCAUACGUAAAGAUGAUAAGAUAAUAGUGCAUCCAGUUGUUCAGCUUUUAGAGUGGAGUUUUAUUUUCACACUUUUCUAUGGAGCCUUCAGACCCCAGAUUUUCACACUAGGCUGUUUUGAUAGUUGUUCUCAGACCCUCCAUUGACAUCCUUACCCAGCAUUCCCUACUUUUGGGGGCCUUCUAUCUUGUUAAAAAACAAAAAAACUUUUUACCAACAUCGAUUGGUAACAUCGAUUCCACCUUUAUUCCCAUUCUCACUGGUGUAAAUACUGAUACUAACUGAGGAUUUUGACUUUGCAUUCUGUCAGAAUACUGUGUUCAAAUAAAAAUUACAAAAAAAGCUCACGUCUACAGUCUGCCCUUCUUUAGAUGCUCUGCUAGGUCCUGUGUACAGACAUGGAUUCCCAGGGCUGUAUUUGUGCGUGAGCCUAACGUGAAGCCAGCAGUCCCCUUGUGGCAUGCCCACAGCAUGAGUUAAGCAUCCGUCUGAGGCUCAGGGUUGUAGGCAAGCAGGCAACGCAACUGUCUGCACAGUGAUGUUAGUGAAGCAGUCAUGCUGCAUGCUCUAAGCUGGUACAUCUCUGAACAGUGGCAGUGGGCUGCAGCGGUGCCUUUUGGAAAUUCAGAUUUGCAGAAGGAACACCUGCCAGCACGUGAUUCCACAGACGGGCUCUUCCGAAGUGCCGAGUGUCACAAAGAGGAGUAUUUUUAAAGUUUGUUUCUCUGUCCCACCAUAGAUAAUUUCCUUGAGAUCACUGAACACAGAAAUACAGUUUCGUGUCUGCUGUGAAAUGGGGACAGCUGCAUUUCCCAUAAAAGACACUCCUC